AUACUGGCUAAAUCGAAUACACAAGGACUGGACGCCGAAUAUUUCGAAACCCGAUUGAAACAAUGGGAAGAAGUGAUACCGUGGUAUACGGGUUGGUUCCUCGGUCCCGCCGACGUUCGUUGGUUACGCGACAAAUCCACAAACUUGCUAAAAGAAAUUACCGCUGGAAAAAGCGCUUUGGGGAUUUCUUCCGAUUUAAAUUACCAAGACGAGACGCAGUUAUUCUGUAUAUCCACGUAUUGCGGAUGCGAAAACUCCCAUCAUUUCCUGGACUGCCAGGUGCAAAACGAACUGGGAAAAAUGUUCUACGUCACUAUAAUUGGAUUUCUUAUCGCCCCGGACGUAAUGGCCGCCGUGGUUAAGCUUACACCGGGACAGGUUAAGAUAAGCGAAAUAGGAAAGGAUUUUCUACGCGACGAGGCGUCCUUGGAUAUUCUGAGCCACGCCGUGCGAUCUGUAAGCGUGGGAAGUUCUAAUAACGAGGGUUCUAACGUCGUAAAUGCCACCAACCAGUCGGUGUCCACGGCACAUUCGGAGAAACAAGAAGGUAAUAUGGCGGUGGAAAACGUUAGUUACGUGGUGGUCAAGCGUUCUCGCACCGCCACCUUCCCGUAUAUUACAAAUACGGAUGCGUUCAAUCGCGCGAUGUAUUCCGAAGUGGCCGAAGAGGGUUUCAUUCCUUCUCAUAAAUUCUCCCGUUUAGAAGACGUUGGAGUGUGCCAAAUACGGAAAGACGUUUGGCUCGUCUUCCCUCCCGAGAAAUACACUUUGCAGAGUGUUUUUACGGGUUAUUUCUAGAAUUUAAUAUAUUAAAUUUUUGCGUUGUGUUUUAGAGUUUUCAGAAAAUAGUUACUCGUGAAUAAUUUUGUAUUUCGGUCGUUGCCCGUUAAAGAAUAAAGUGUUUAUAAUAUGGAUUUACCGUGUCCGAUUUCCUCGUUGGCGAUUAAUAGAAAUACAUUUUGUUAAUCCUACUUUAUUUGCGUCGCGAUCUAAUUAAAGCCGCUCCUAUACGAAGUAGACUCGUAAAGUGACCGGCAAAUUUCUUCUAAUUCGUAAAUUAUUGACGGAGACGACGGUUAUUUAUAACGAUUACGUUUUUAUCCUUCGACUUUGGGGGGACAACGCUUAAAAUAUUAUCGGGAGGGCCGAACGGGUUCCG